AGCUGAUGCUUGAAAGAAUAGCCUAACAGCAAAAGCUAAUUCAUUCGAGUAGCGUCGUUUAUAUCCAAUCUUCAGUUUCACUUUCCUCACCACAUUUAUCUUAUUAUUCCAGGUCCUUGAUUUCAGGUUGUUAAUAUCCAACCGCCUCCGCCGCCACGUUAUCAUCAUCAUAUUUCUCCACCACAGGCACGACGUGGCUUAUGUCCAAGAUGGGUCGCAUAUAGGGACCUAAGUGUGCGAGGAUUAAGGCUUUGGAGGACAGACAGUUUUUGGUUUGGUUCGAUUCCUAUGGAGGCCGUUCCAAGGGUUUGGGUGGACUACACAAAUCAUCGCCGCGUUAGGCACGGAGAAAGUGGGCAAAAUAUUGGUAGUACAAUAGACAAGUUCUUGCAUGUUGAUAAAUCAAGUGUGCAUGCGCUUUCGGCUAGUUCUCAUUGUGUUGCUCCCGGAGCGGUGGUGGAACGGACAGCCGGUGAAGUGUGGAGUUCGGUUCAGUUCCUAAAGAAGUUUUGGACUUGCUAGCGCACAAUGACUCGGUUACAAACUUGCCUUUGGAGCCUCUCCCUCUUUUCCUUCAACCUAAGGAUGUACCAAAUAAAUGCAGAGGUAUGAAUUUUGCUACAGAAAAGGCAUAUAACUGCUCAUUACUAAUGGUUCACGGUACACCUGUGAUUAUAGUACAGAAUCUUUUUAUAGUGAUGCCUGCAUUCAAUUUGGUUUUAAAUUUAGAAAGUAGUACAGUAUGUUUCCUCAACACGAACAAUAAAUGAUGAUGAGUACGACCAACCUUUGAGCUGGCUUCUCUUUUGGACUCUUUGCCAAGAGCCACAGCAUCCAUGUGUAGUCCUGCACAUUUUCAAAGCACACGAAAUUACACCACUGCCCCGACUCCCAUCCUAGCCGUUACAACCUUUCCAACCUCAACAACUCAAUUAUCGCAAACAACCAAACCAAGGGCAAACCCGUAAAAUCAUACCCCCACCUCUCCAUUCCCUCACUCUCUCACUGUAGAGUUCCCCCCUCCCACAGUGAAGAGAGCGAACAUAAUAAACAAAUUAAACUCCAAAAACAACUCCCUCAACGAUCAAAACCACACACUCUCUCCCUCUCCCCUUCUCUCUUUCUCUUUCUCUCUCUAGGGUUUGGAGUUUGGGUUGGAUCGAUUGAAGUAUGGCUUCGUCGUCCUCGGAUCCUGGUCCGAAGACCGAAAGCGGAAGCGGCAGCGGCGGCGGAGCGGAGCCCUCGGAAGCAGCGGCGGCGGCGGCGGCGGUGGCGACCGAUCAGCAAUUGCUUUACAGAGGGCUGAAGAAAGCGAAGAAAGAGAGAGGUUGCACGGCCAAAGAGCGCAUCAGCAAAAUGCCUCCCUGUGCCGCUGGAAAACGCAGCUCCAUUUACCGCGGAGUCACUCGGCAUAGGUGGACGGGUCGUUACGAAGCUCAUCUAUGGGAUAAAAGUACCUGGAACCAGAACCAGAAUAAGAAGGGAAAGCAAGUUUACUUGGGCGCGUAUGAUGAUGAAGAGGCUGCAGCCAGAGCUUAUGAUCUUGCUGCCUUGAAAUAUUGGGGCCCUGGCACUCUGAUUAAUUUUCCUGUUACUGACUACACAAGAGAUCUCGAAGAGAUGCAGAAUGUGUCAAGGGAGGAAUAUCUUGCAUCUCUUCGCAGGAAGAGCAGUGGCUUCUCUAGAGGAAUGUCUAAAUAUCGCGCGCUCUCAAGCCGUUGGGAGCCAUCGUUUGGUCGUAUGGGUGGAUCUGAAUACUUCAAUAGCAUCCAUUAUGGCACAGGAGAUGAUCCAGCAACAGACAAUGAAUUUUUAGGAACGUUUUGCAUUGAAAGAAAGAUUGAUUUAACAAGUUACAUCAAGUGGUGGGGGCCUAACAAAACUCGUCAAGCGGACAGCAUGAUAAAAUCAUCUGAGGAAGCAAAACAUGGUUUUGCUGGAGAUAGUGGAGGUGAACUUAAAACAUUGGAAUGGGAAUCCCAGCCUACUGAACCAUACCAGAUGCCACGUUUGGGUGUCUGCCAUGAAGGUAAAAAGCAUAAUGGUGCUAGAGUCUCUGCCAUGAGCAUCUUGUCACGGUCACCUGCUUAUAAGAGCUUACAAGAGAAAGCAUCAAUUAAGCAAGAAAAGAAUGCAGAUAAUGACGAGAAUGAAAACAAAAAUACGAUCCACAAAAAGGACCAUGGCAAGGCAAUUGAGAAAUCCACAAGUCAUGAUGCUGGGGAUGAGAGACUGAAUGCUUCAUUAGGAAUGAGUGGUGGAUUGUCUCUCCAGAGGAAUGCAUUCCCAUUGACUCCGUUCUUGUCUGCGCCACUGCUGACCAACUACAACAUGAUUGAUCCAUUAGUAGACCCCAUUCUUUGGACAUCUCUUGCUCCUGUUCUUCCCGAGGUUACAAAGACUGAGACCAGUGCAAGUUUCAGUUUAUUUCGGCCUGAGGAAUGACAUCAGUUGAUGUCACAUUUCCUGCAAGUUGGUGUACACACAGUUGAUGUCACAUUUCCUGUUCCCGAGGGGUUUACCUUUGCAAUAGUACACAAGAAGCUCAGGAAAUGCAGUCUUGACGACAAGGCUUUUACUUAUUUAUUGCAGGUUCAUAUUACACGGAGUCUAGAGAAUAUAGAAAGGGAGAUGAAGUUGUAUCUUAUGUAGUAGUAGAUGAGGUAUAGACGAUGUAUUUUACUAUGGUUCGGAAGUGUUGGGAGUGGUAAUCCUUCAGUUUUGCUAAAAAAGUUCAACACAUCAGUUCCUGAGUUUAAUAUUUUGUACAGAAAACAAGCACAAAUUGUAAUCAUAGUCGUUGCUAAUGGCUUCUCCCAUCUUUCUGUCUA